AUGAUCAAUUCCAACACCAGUUUGCUUCGCACACACCCCAGCACAGGGGAUUUGAGUACGGAUAGCUACGCCCCUUCUAUCGACGGGAGUGUGACAAGCAAUGUCACCUUCGGGACAAUUGAAAUCCGCGAAUAUGGAAUGGUUCUAGGAGACAAUCCUUCCACUUCUUCAGGCCCAUCGGUGGAACUCGAUUGGGACACUCAAUCCACACUCACCAUAGAUGAUAUUGGCCAGUACGAGUCCAUGAAGCCUGCUCGACGACGGGGAACGGAUCAACUCGCCAUGUCACGGUAUCGUCGCACCAAGCUAUUGCUUGACAGUGGCUAUUCGCUGGAGGAGAUUCUUGGAACCACAAAUGAUGGCAGGAAUUCGCCCAAGAAAAAGACAGGAAUUUCCAAGAAGGUAUUGAAACUGUUUUCAAGGAAAUGA